AGGUUCCCGGAAACUUUUUGGAGGCUACAGGAUAACACCUAGAUACUGCCAACCAUCCAAAAAAGCAGCCAUACCACUAGGCGGGCCAACCAUAUGCAUGUUCAAUCACGAAUGUCAGCGCAGAGGAGGCCAAGUAGUGGGAGCAUGCAUGGACGGGUUCCUGUUUGGAGCUUGUUGCGAGAUGCCAAAGAACGUAAUGGUGGGAGAAUUCCUGGAUGACGACAUAAUCUCAGUAGGCGUUGCGGAAAAUAAACUAGCCACCCACAGACCAUCUAUUUCCACCACGAAACCACCAACACCUAUAGACAUAACUUCAAUCGGUGUUUCACAAAUAACAAAUACGCUACUCAAUCCUGGCAUACUGCCUACAGCCCAGGAUAACGAAGUUAUUCAAGUGAACAGUAAUCAGUAUUUCACAACAACGGGUGUCACUCAUCAGUCACCUGAAACCAUCCUUCUGAACCAGCAGGAUAACGAAAUCGAUCCCGGAUAUUUCCGACCAACUCAUACUCCUCUGACGGACGACAGAACCAAACCACCUCGGCCGCCAAUAAUGGCCAUAUCGAUUUCUAACGCUCCCCCAGAAUACACAACCAUCGCGGGUUUCACCAGACCCAUGUUCCGUCCCAAACCCACUAGUCAAGAUGAAGACAAUUACGUUAGGGUUCCCACUAUCACUCAUGAUACGACAAAACCAAAUAACACUCAUGACUAUGACUCUAUCGUGAAUAUUCUACAGAUACUCAACAGCACUUCCACUAGUAUAUCCUACGGAUCCUCUACAACUUCGAAGAGGCCGGACAGAAUUACUUCUAUAAAGCCGCCAUCUACUUCAUACGUUUAUAGUACCACUAUUCCUCCUCGAAGGACGGAAGCUACUACGACAAGAAAGAAAACUCAGGCUACUAGGAGAACUAGACCGACAACAAAGGCAACGAAAAAACCCACCACGACCCAAUAUAUUUACAACACGAAAACCACCGCAGCCUAUUCUCCGACUGCUUUCUACACCUCCGACAGGCCACAGUCGACUUCAUAUAUUUACAAUUCUUCACCAACGAGGAGACCCCCAUCCACAGUGAACAGCCAUAUAGCUGGACCAGGGUUCAGUGUUACUUCUAGUCCCAUAUCGAGUACCUACCCUACUCCAGCCCCUACCAUUAUAGUUCUUGGUCCAAUUGAAGACACAACUAGGCCCCAGAGGCCUAGACCAACGACUUACGUACAACAUCCGACCACUUUGCAACGACCUACUGCUAUUCCUCAGCGUAAACCUGUAAAUCACGUCACUAUCAACAACCACGUCACUCAAAACAUUUACAGCACCAGUGAACGACCUUCACCAACUGUCCUAAUAACCCCUAAGCCAAGUAUAUCUUCGUCAUUGAAACCAGAUGCCGACUAUGAGGGUGUAGAAGUUGGUGCAACUGGUCCUUCUCAAGAUGAUAUGAUCAAUUUUCCCCCAGUGAGGAAUCCCAACUUGAACAUGUCUAAUCUGGCUUCUAUUAAUGAAAAUGACAUAACCACCCCUAUCUUCAUUGAAGACGCCGCUUUGAAUGCUAGUGUGGAGUCUUUCGUCAAUAAAAUAAUUCAAGGGUUACAAGAGCCGUUUCAAGGAUUGAAUGAUUUGGUUUACAAUAGAAGAAAUGUCACUUUCUCAAACGCAGAAACUACCACGAAAAAACCUAUAAAGAAGCAAGGUACCACCACUAAAAGACCUCCAGUUGUUUCCACAAGACCUUCCCGCCCUGCCAUUACCACUAAUAUCCGUACCACUACCACUUCAAGUCCUAGUACUAAAAAACCCUCUACUAGACGACCGACCACAACGAAAAAGCCAGUGACGACGACGAAAAAGACGAAAGUGACGAAGAAGCCAAUAACAACAACCCAAUCUUUUAUAGAACACUCCACUGAAACCAUUGCAAUCGACAACGAGGAUUACCGAACAGUACCAAUUUGCUUACCAAGAAACGACGAAGACUUCACAGGAAGGAUGGCGACCGUCACCGGUUGGGGAAGGUUGAAAUAUGGAGGAGGAGUACCUUCUGUUCUCCAAGAGGUGCAGGUUCCUAUAAUGGAGAACCCCGUAUGCCAGGAAAUGUUCCGAACCGCGGGCCAUUCGAAAGUUAUUCUGGAAUCUUUCCUAUGUGCGGGAUAUGCGAAUGGGCAAAAAGACUCGUGUGAGGGUGACUCAGGAGGUCCUUUAGUCCUUCAGCGACCAGACGGCCGAUACCAGCUAGCAGGAACAGUAUCCCAUGGUAUCAAAUGCGCAGCACCGUACCUACCAGGAGUGUAUAUGAGGACGCAGUACUUCAAACCAUGGAUAACGUCCAUUACUGGAGUGACUUCUCCUUGAAAAUCAUUUCCAUCAUGAUAAAAUUUACAAAAUGAUUGAAUUUUUUACUAUGCUACGUGCCUUUGAAGUGGAAUUCGAAAAAAUAAUGGUGUGAAAUUAUCGAUCUCUCAUAUUUAUUCGGAUAAAUCUGCUUUUGAACUGAUAGGAAUUUCGGAAAUCAUCAAUUGAGGAAAUUAUGUUCAUAUCAGAUGGAUUUUUAUAGGGAUACUAAAGACAGUGUCAUGAUAUUUUUCCUACUACAGCUUCAUGUAGUGAGGUCAAAAAUGAAAAUUUAUUGAUUGUUACCCAUAGAAUGUUUCAUAACAAACUUCAGCUUGUUCACGAAUUCGAUAUAACUGGGCAGUUACUAUUCAUUACCUGAAAUAACUUUUUUGCGCAUGUUUUAAGCAGAUAUUUGAGUAUUUUAAUAUUCGAAUGGAAAAUAUUUACUUCGUUAAAAGCAGAGUCCAUAUUGAGAUUCAGAGGUGACGAAAUUGUUAUAUCAGGAAACCUUUUUGGUAAAAAAAAUAGU